GGACACUCCGUAAACAACGGCCGCGACUUAAAUCAAAACAGAGGGAGGAUUUUUGUCACUUAGAUAUUUAUUUGACCUCUCUCGUCAGCAAGUUGCAGCACACUUAUAACAAUAAUUCUUUCGAAAAAAAAAGCUAUUGUUAUUUGUAAACUGUUCACAUUUUUUUCUGACGACUUUACUUUUCUUUACUUUCCGAGAAUGGAUGGCAAGGGCCCCCAGACGCUGUGUGACCUCUGCUUGGCUCAGGUGUGCAGCAGAUUAGAUGCUUUGUGCAGGAAGGGAGCAGACGGUUCAAUGAGCCUCAUCUGGGCCCCACUGUUCCCACAGGAACUGGCUGACCAACUGCUGCAAAAGAUGGUAACCAAAGGAAUGCUGAAUGACACAACUGUUGGGAUUUUCCGAAACAGCGAGAAGCUCCGCCUGCGCAGCGCCUCCAUCCGCUACUGUAAGGUGUCCGCCAUGGCUUUCCGCCUGGCCCUCUGCCCUCACCGGCUCCUGGAACUAGACGCCUCCUGGGUCCCUGGGGGUCUUACGGGGGCUGAUGUCAUCUCAGGCCUGGCCUCCAACCCAGACUGCAGGGCUAGUCUGCAGAUGUUGGCCCUCAAUGGCUUGAGUCUGAACUUGGAAUCUCCGGAAGAGGACAGUGGGGUGUUCAUUGGCUUUAGCUCCUUGCAAGGGCUCAAGACGAUCCACCUCGUCAACACAGAUCUAACGGAUGAUGUCCUUGAGGAUAUUUGUACUCUCCCCCGGCUGGAGACUUUGGAUAUCUCCUGUAGCUCUGUGACUGAAUUGAAUGCGCUCCUUAAAUGUAAAAACACACUGAGAUCCCUCAUUGCCCACCGGCUGUACCGACUUGACACGACUCCUGUCAGGUUGCUCUUUAUCUUCACCCAACUUCACGCUCUUAGGCAUCUGGACAUCUCGUACAACCACUUUGCCAACGACGACAGCGAAAGGAGGACUAACGGAGAUGAGACAGUGAGGCAGCUUCUGGAAGCAGGUCCACAGAUUCUCCCGUCACUCGUAUCUUUAGAUAUUUCAGGAAGGAAAACGAUCGAUGACUCGGCGCUCAGAGGCUUUGUGGAGUCCAGGAGCGGCCUUGUCUUUCUCGGCCUGCUUGCCACUGGACUUAGUUCCUCUCCUGUUCUAUCUUCCCACGAAAACCUAAAAGUAACUGGAGAAGCUAAUGAGAAGCAGCUCUGGGAGGCACUCCGAAGGUACAGAGAGAGGGAGUGUUUCGUAAAAGAGGCCCUCAUCCAUCUCUACCAUCUGACUACUGACACUGACAAACCGCAGCCGGACAUGCUGAAGUUGGUGGUGGAGGACAUGCGGAGCCACCCAGAGUCUCCGCAUGUCCACCUGUUGGCCACGGCGUGUGUGUUUAACCUGACCACCCGGGACCUGGCAGAGGUCAUGCCCGUCAGGCUGAUGAGCGCCACGGUAACCCAGCUGCUGCACGCCAUGGAGACCUUCCCUAACAUCCAGCAGGUGCAGAGCAACUGUCUGAUGGCACUCUGCAAUGACUACCUGCUGCAGAAUGUUCCUUUUGACAGGUAUUCAGCGGCCAUGUUGGUGAUCAAAUGGCUGAGCAACCACGAGGAGCCGACCCUGCAGAGGAUUGCAGUGGCCAUCAUCUCCAUCCUGGUGGCGAAGAUUUCCGUAGAGGAGACGGCACUGCUCAGCAACGACAUCUCAUUUAUGAAGCAGCUGCUGACUGUUGUGCAGCAUAAAGCCAUGCUGGGACUGGUAGACCCCACUCUGAAGUUUGCCCUGAGCGCUCUGUGGAACCUGACCGACGAGACGCCCACGGCCGCCCGCAAUUUCAUCGAGUGUCAGGGCUUGGAGCUCUACAUGGAGGUUCUGGAGUCCUACUACAGUGAAACUGCUAUUCAACAGAAGGUCCUUGGCCUUUUGAACAACAUAGCGGAGGUGGAGGAGCUCCAGCCUGACCUGAUGGAUGAAGACCUGUUGGAGCACAUCCUCAGCCUCCUGCAGGACUCCCAGAUGCUGGUGGAGGUGCGCUACUUUGCAGGAGGGAUUUUGGCGCAGCUGGCCUCCAGGGAAGAGGCCUGGACUUUGGACCAGGAGCUCCGGAGCACCAUUCUGGAGCAGCUGCACAAAUCAAUAAUGACAUGGCCUCAUCUGGAGCAGGAGAUGGUGUCUUACCGGUCCUUCCGUCCAUUUUGCUCUCUGCUUCAGACUUACCAGCCCUCAGGUGUCCAGCUGUGGGCGGUGUGGGCGAUACAUCUCGUUUGCAGACAAAACGCUUCGUAUUACAUCCAUAUGCUAACUAAGGAGGGCCUGAUGGAGCUUCUGAAAGCAUUAGACACGCAUCCCGACACACACAGCGACGUUAAAAGGGUUUCCCAAAGCAUCCUGCGGAUGGUACAGGAACAACAGAGUCCCUGUGAGGUGACGAACAGCCAGACGGAGCCUGGAAAGUCCUAACAAGAGUGCUUUAAAAAGCUAUUUUAUCGGAUCUAACGUGUGGUCGCCAUGACAAUACAAAAUGAAUAAAUACAGUUGUUCAGAACGGUG